GAUAUGAAGGUGAAGACUUCAGACACUUUCAGGAAUUAUUGGAAUCUUACUUUGCAUUUGCAAACUUAAAUAAUGAUGCAAGAAAGUUAACAAUUCUCAAGUCACAAUUACGACGCGCAGCAAAAGUCUACUUUGAAAAUGAACUUAUCAAAAAGAAACCUGAUAUAACAUAUGAUGAAGCAAUGGAAGAAUUAAAGAAGCAUUAUAUUACUCCUGAAUUAAUUCAGAGUUACGAGCUAGAAUUUAACGAAAUGUAUCAAGGAGAACAAGAACAUCCGCGUAUAUUUUUAGCAAGAUUAAGAGAAGCAGCAGAUUUGGCUAAUAUUACAAGCAAUGCAGUCAUAGAAAGUCGCUUCAGAGCUGGAUUGCUUAGAGAAAUAAAACAAUUCUGUAUCUAAAGUAGUUCUAGGAACUUUGAUGACUGGAUUAACCAUGCUGAAGGAUGGUGGAACGCAAACAGGCCAAGAAAGAUUGCUAUGGUAGAUAAUCCUUUCAUUCCAAAGAACAUUAAUCAAGCAUUGAUUUAUCAAGAUGACAAUGGUUACAACAGAGAGCAUACAUACAACAAUCAUCAUGUUGAAUUAAUUGAUGCAGAUGAGCGAUUUGUACAAAUGUUACCGGUAUCUAAUGGUUAUACAAACCAGCCCAAUGAAAUCUACUCUAUUGCUGCCAAGUCGUUUAAGAAAUACAAUGAUGUACAACUAAGCCAAGAAGACCAGUAUCUAGAAAUGACAAAGAACACAAACAAGCAGUUUAGUAAGAUUGUAGCUUGCAUAGAAGAAUAUGAAAAAGAAAGCAAACCAGUAACAUUAAAGAGACUGAAGAAAUAUGCAGAAGAUGGUGCCAAGUACACAGACAAGAAGUUGAAGACAAAUGCAGAAGAUAUUGUUGUGACACCUAUUGAACAAGAAAAGACAAGUACUGAUUUGUUCUUUGCUGUUCAGCAAAGAGAAAAAUAUGAAAGUAUGUUUAGAUGGGCUACUUGUUAUGAAGAAGGACAGAAAUAA